AUGACGCGUAUCGGGUCCAUCUUCGCGCUCGUGCUCGUCGCGUUGCUAGCGUCGUUCGCGCUCGUGGACGCCGGGCUGCCUCCCGCGCUCGCGGGCGGCGGGGGCAUCGUCGAGGCGACCCCGUUGGAGGCGCCGGUGGUGCUGCCGUCGGAGUCGUCGAAGGCGCCGCGAUCGCGCGAAAGGGAUCCCGCGGCAGUCGAUCGACCCUCGGCGGCGACGCCCCUCGACGACGAGGAGAAGGCGCCGACCGACGCGUCCGGCGCCGUCGGGGCCUACACGCUCCGCGACGAGUCCACCCCGACGCAGCGCGAGCCGAAGGCGACGUCGGCGCACCGACCCGCCGAUGGGCUCCGCGACGACGACGACGACGACGGUGCGGAUCCCAAGACCGCCGCGACGCCAGCUGUGUCCACGCGUCCGAACGACCCCGCCGGCCCGGCGGACGCGGACGCGGACUACGAUGCGGACGACGAGAAACGGCAAACGCGGGCGACGAUCGAUGCGGCGGACGAGCGCGAGACGCGCGGCGAUGCCGCCGACGUGACCCACGAGACCCGAUCGUCCUCCCCCUCCUCCAAUUUCUCCUCCACCGAUCCCUCGUCGCGUUCGCCCUCGACCGACGCCGCCGAGGACGACGACGACGCCGCGUCCACCGUCGCGACGUCGAAGCCGACGACGACGCGCGAACCCGAGCCGACGCUCGCGAGCGCGGCGGGUGCGCACCGGUCCCCCUCGCCCGCCGACGGCGCGGCGGGGACGGCGACACGGCUGGCGGCGGGGACGACACAGCUGGCCGCGACGAACGCCUCCUCUCCCUCCGGUCCCGUCGCCGAGGCGGUCCGAACCCCUGCUCGGCAACAGACGGCGCGAUUCAACGCCUCCUCCUCCUCCUCCUCGGCGGCUGCGGGGGCGGUGGCGUCGGUCGAGGCGGAGGGUUCAGCCUCCGGCGCGGUCGUCGAGCCCCGCGGAGGUGACGCGGCGCCCGCCGUGGUUCGAUACUCGGACGACCUCGAGGAUGGCGAGGAAGAAGAAAGCGACGACGAGCGGCGGCGACAGCAGCGGAACCAAACGCAGAAUCAGCCGCAGCAGCUCGAACCGCAGCAGCUCAAACCGCAGCAGCUCAAACCGCAGCAGCUCAAACCGCAGCAGCUCGACCCGCGGCCUUCCACCUACCCCGAUGAGGACGACGACGCCGGCCGCGUCUCCCUCCCCGAAGACACCGAGCGGAGCAUCGCGGUCGAGACGAAGAGGACCGAAGCUACGGCGGAUAGCCGGACGACCGCCCCGUCGCCCGACCCCUGGAACGAUCCCGCCCCCGUUCCCGCCGACGACGCCCCCGUCCCUCCCGCCGACGACGCCUCGCGCCGCGCCUCCCCCGAGGCUGAACGCGCCGCGCGCGCGCACGCCGAGGCUAUGGGCACGCGCGGCGUCGGCGAGGAUCGCGUCAGCGACGAGCUCAGAGCGCAAAUCGUCGACGAACACGGCCUCGCGCGCGUCACCACCGCGGGCUUCGAGACGGACGCCGGCCAGUGCGGUCGCAGCGGAGCCGUCGCUCUGUUCACCGUGUGGGGAUCAGCGCCGGAUGCGGCGCGCGACGCGAUCGUGUCCACGUUCGAGGGCGCCGCCGCUGACGUGGACGCUGACGUGGACGCUGACGUGGAUUCGUGGCGCGGGGUUUUCGCGUCCUCCGUGCGAGUGCUCGGCGUGUGGAAAGCGCGGUUCGGCGGCGGCUUCGACGACGCCGGCCGCCGCGGCUGCGUGGCCAACUUCUUCGUCAACUCCAAGAUGGCCAGCGGCGUGGUGCCCACCCACGCCGCGGGCGGUGAGUCACCGGGGGCGAAGAAAGAAAGCGGCGACGACCCGCUCGCGCUUCGCGAAUUUUUCCUCGAGAGAGUCCUCCCCGAAGACGACGCUCGGGGCGACCACGACGCCACCGUCAUCGCCCUCGCCGUCAACUGCGCCGCGUCUCACAGGCUCCGUCUGUUGUGGAAGCUGUACGGCGCGGUGGUUGACAGGUUCGGGUUGACGAAGAACGACGCGCACCUCUCCGCGGGUGACGACCAGGUUCGAGCCGACUUUGAAGCGCUCGUCGGGGGAGAGAACUUUGACGACCUCGUCGCCGCGAGGUCCGCGUCGGAUGCCGCACGGUGGACGAGGGGCACGCCGCCGCGAGCGGGGGCGCGCGACGCGUGCCCGAGACUCGCGGGCGCCGCCGCAGAGACGCGGGAGGAGGACGACGCAUCCACGGGCGCGGACGCAAACGCAUCUGCGGGCGAAUGGAAAUCCGAGUCGGCGAUGCAACGCGCGUUCGGCGUCGACGACGAAGCGGACGAAGCGGCGGACGUUCUCCACACGCGGGAGGCGUCCAAGGCGGACCCUGAUGAGGCGCGCCGCGUCGUGAAGCCGUCAAAGUCGAAGGCGGCGAACGACGAGGACUCGGCGUACGAUCGCGCGAGGGAAAAGGUGGAGGCGAUCAAGCGCGAGCGCGAGGAGGUUGUGCUUCGCGACUUUGACGGGGCGAGGUACCUCCGAUGA